GAGGAAGGAGAGGGCCCCGGCGAAGGUGACGCUGAGGCGGCGUAGUUGUAGGGAAGGAGGCUGUGUAGCACUCCGGGAGCGUUCCCUUUAUCUUUUUGCGGUGAAUGGCGGCGGGAUGGAGCGCGAGGGGAGCGGCGGCAGCGGGGGGUCUGCCGGACUCCUGCAGCAGAUCCUCAGCCUGAAGCUCGUGCCGCGGGUGGGCAACGGGACCCUGUGCCCCAACUCCACUUCUCUCUGCUCCUUCCCAGAAAUGUGGUAUGGCGUGUUCCUGUGGGCACUGGUGUCCUCUCUGUUCUUUCACGUCCCCGCUGGAUUGCUGGCCCUCUUCACCCUCAGACAUCACAAAUAUGGUAGGUUCAUGUCUGUAAGCAUCCUGUUGAUGGGCAUCGUGGGACCAAUUACUGCUGGAAUCUUGACAAGUGCUGCAAUCGCUGGAGUUUACCGCGCAGCAGGGAAGCAGAUGAUCCCGUUUGAAGCCCUCACUUUGGGCACGGGACAGACGUUCUGUGUGGUGGUGGUCUCCUUCUUGCGGAUUUUAGCGACUUUAUAGCAUACACGUCUGUGCUGUGGAAUGGAACCUACAUUUAUAGAACCCUCGAAAAGAAGAUAUUGUAGGACAUAGUGUUUUCUUAUUCUUCAAAUGGAAGCUGCCUGGAAGAAGAGGAGUGUGACCAUCUCAGCCCCUUCUCCAGUUUGAAGCUCCCGGCCUUGGAGAUCUCUGCAGACUCCAGUCCCUCUCAGCCGCAACCGAACAAGUUUCUGUGGCUUUCUCUUCUGCAGAUCUUUCAUGUCAGAAGUCUCCACACACACCUUUGACCAAGCCAAGCUGAUGCCCCGCUGCACUGGAAUUUGCCAUACUUUGUGAGAAAACGUAAUGUCUCAUAUUUCAGAAACUGCAGAGAAUAUUGGUUGAUUUCAAGUGAGCAAAGUGUACUGUACUACAACUCUAGUUAAUCUGAUCUUGAUUAAAAUUCGGCAGAUUCUCCUUUGGCUACAUCCUGAUGACAGCACAACCAACUAAGAAAACCAGGCAGGUUUUGGUUGAGUGUAGCUUUGAGAGCAGAUUUGGUGAAAUAGACAAGGAGAAAGAAGUGAAAUAGAAUUCAAGUAGGGCCUUGCGGCCACUGCUAAAAAAAAAGUAGGUAACUACUAAGAACAGGACAUCUUACGGUAACUGUCUUCACCUCUGAUUAUUCAAUAGAUUAUUAAGAGACAUGAAUUUGUCGUUUUGUUAUUUUUUUUAAAAUUUGUUGUUUUGUACAUUUGAUCAAAAUAAACUAGCUGAGCCUUUCUUUCCCUUUUUUCUUUUUUUUAAGGGAUAGGGUCUUAUUAUGUUGCCAGUGUGACCCCAGCUCCUGGGCUCAAGUCAUCCUUUUUGCCUCAGCCUCCUAAGUAGCACACAACAUCACCCAUGGUUGAAUGUUUAAAGUUAUUGUUAAAGAAUUUCCAUGUGAGGUUGGGGAUGUAGCUCAGUGGUAGAACGCUUGCUUAGCAUGCUUAAGGCCCAAGCACCACAAAAAUAAAAAGAAUUUCCACACCAUCUUUUGCUAUUAUUUUAAAUUCUAUUUAUUUGGCUUCGUUAGAAAUGUACAUACCCUGUUUGGUAGUUUGAUUUGGAAUUUGUAAGCUACAUUGAUUAGGAUACUCUGGAUAUUGAACACAAAUAAGAGACUUCAAGUGUUCUGUUAAUGGUUUUUCUUAGUAACUAUUUUUUUAGCUGGCUCCUGAGAAAUUGUAGAAGUGCAGCUGAAACUGGAGUUAGUGGCCGUUGGUUUCUCGGUGCGUUUAUCUCGCGGUAGUUCAGCACACUUUUGCAGUAUUUGAGCGUCAACUUCCAGAAAGUGCCUAAAACUUCAUUUUCAGCGAUGGCCCUACUCUGCCCUUUACAUUUUUAUUCAAGAGAAUUUAUAUCGUUAAAGAGAGUUAAAUAUGAAUGGUUUUUUAAAACUCAGUUUUUAUCUAUUUUAAUUCUUGUCCUGCUGCUUAACUCUCUUUUUCAUUGGAAGGCCUGAAAACUGUGACCUUCAACGGGGAAAAGAUUGCAAAAAUGAAGUAACGAUGUUUGCCACCUAAACUUUUGCAUGUAGAAUACAAUCAAUGUUGUUGCUGUCUGUUAAUUAACUCUAGUAAUUAGCUUCUGGUGAGUAAUGUUUUUAAAGAAGUUUUUCAUUAUGAGAUGAAUAAGGUUGUAUAUAUAUAUGAAUAUAUUCCACUUAUCCAAUAUGCAUUCUGGAUUCUAAUGAAAAGUAGCCAGGAAAACCAAUUUGCCAGGGAAAGUUGCCAAGAAAAUUAUAGAGAAAUAAAUAUAGAGAAAAAUUACAAAGAGAUCAGCAAAAUUAAUUGGACAUUUCCCCCUAACAGUUGGUCCACUGAUCAUAAUUACACUGAUAUCUGACUAGGUACAAAAUUAUAAGUGCAGCUAAAUGUCCUUUUACAUUCCCCAAGAGGCUGUCUUUCUUCCAACAAAAAAAUGAAAGAUUCUAGUUCUCAGCUGAAAGAGCUGUGAUUGCAGAAAGUAUACUCCUUCAGUUUAAGAUGUAGAGUAUUACAUCUUUUAUUAUGGGAAAUGAUUUUGAUCUCCUCACCUAAAACAUUAUUUUGGAUAUUAUCUCACAAGCCAAAGAUGGGGCCGUAGUUGGUGGGUCCCACCUCCCUCAAUGUUUUUGAAUAUGUUGAUGAUCCAUGAUAAAAAUGUAAGGUUAUUUUUUUUUUAGGUUAUUUUUAUUUUAAGCCAGGAGACAGAAAUUUACGAAUUUUUGAAGGUUGAAAAAGUUUAUGCAUUUUGUUUCUGUCUGUCUGGUGUUUGAUACAUUUUGGCUAUCUACUCUUAUUAAAACUUCAAAUAUAGGGCCGGGAUAUGGCUCAGUGGCAUAAGUGCCUGCCUGGCAAGCACAAAGUCCUGAGUUCGAUUCCUGGCACCAAAAAAAAAAACUUCAAAUAUAAAAUGUACCUUUGAGUUAUUGAACGUUUCAUCCAUCCCAGUCUGUGAAGUAUCCUCUUGUGAAUAAAUGUGUAUGGACUCUGUGGGUUGAGCUGUGUAGCUUGAAUGUUUUCAGGGAGAAAGUUGGAAUGAUAACCAGAGGAUGUGUUCUGCUUUGGUUUUCUGCCUCUUCUCUCUUUGCCCCUGCUCUUUACUUGCUUGUUUUCUUCCUUUCUUUGUCUCAAAUACUGAGUUAUUUGUAGGUGGUUGGUCAGAUGGGGGAGUAAUAGCACUUGGGUUUAACAUUUUAUCUUACAGUUUUUUUGAGAUUUUUUUAAAAGAGACAUGCAACUACCACGCCUGCCUAUGGUUCUUCCACCUGCCCUUUCCCUUCCCCUGCCCGCUUCCCUCUCUGCCUCCCUCCCUUCUUCACACAGGGACAGGAGGCAGCCUCCAACCAUGAAAGCUGAUUUCUUGAUUCUCUCGUAGGAUUUGGGGGUAAAAGCAUUUUGUGAAAACUUCAUUUCAGAUACAGCAGCAUAAUGCAUAGUACAUGAGAAAGAUGUCUCUCUCUGUGCUAUUGUUUUUUUGCAGCAAGAAACAUGAAAUGUUUAAAGCAGUGAGGAAACAGUUCGUGCAAGUAAUUAACUUUAAAUCCUCCAUGCUGUCUGUUAAGUUUUUAAAAUGCCCUUCGUGGCUGUGCUUACUGCUCUGAUUCGAGUCAUAUUCUCGGUCCCCGGCAGCACUGCCACCACCCCCGGGGCCACCUCCCGAGUGUGAAGCCUGGCGAGCUCAGCUGUGCACGUGCAGAAAGUCUUCCUAGGAAUUUGCAUUUCUUUUUCAUGCACUCUGUAAGGCUGGUUGUGACCAAAAUCAGCUGUUUUUGUAUUACGUUAUUUUGCUAACUGCUGCAGUCAAAAUGAUCAAAUCUUUGUACAAUAGAAAAGUAUUUAAAUUUUAUUUUUCUACUGACAUUUCUAAUUCUAUUGUAAAUGUUUAACAAUAAAGAAUUACUUAAAACUGUGA